CACCAAACAAGCUUGCAGACCAGAAGAUCCAGUAGCUGUGCAGAGUCCACGUUUUUUUAUGUCCAGAACGUCCAGAACUUAUCACAAAAUACAAUUUAUAUCGUUUUUGUGCUGAUCGGAAGCGAAAUGGUUUGGAGAAUAAUCGCUUGUAAAUGGUUAACGUUUAUCUGCACAGCGUCCGCUGCAUUUUCAGUCGGAAAUGCUCAGGUGACGUUGGACUUGAGUUCCUUGGAUUCGCCGAUUGUUUUUCCCCAGAUUAUUCUCCCAAGCGCCGGCGGGAUAGAGAUCCCUUUCGAUUCGGCGCAAACGGUUACAAGUGCUCGGAUAUUAACAUGCGGACGAUGUUUUCAAGUGGCGGUCAACACGACCAGCUCCAUUCCAUCCAUUAUUAUUCGACGAUCAACCGAGUCCAUCUGGCAGGACUGUGAGCGUGAUCUGUCAGACGGAUCCGAUCCGGAUCCGAUCAAGUACUGUGAUGCCGGAAUUGCGUUUUACGCUGACUCCAGCCAGGUCGGAACUGCAACUAUCCGGCUGUAUGUAAAUCGUCAACCGCAAGUCAACUUCAUACCGGAUGACCUUUCCAACGUCGCAAUUGCAGAAAAUAGCUUAGAAGUCAGUCGGAUUGCCGAAAUUACUGUCAGCGAUCCGGAUGAAUUGAGCUUUUAUUACCGCGACAGAAGGAUCGAGAUUGAUUCCUGUGAAAGCAACUGCCCCUGGAAAUUACAGGCGGCAGCAGCAACUGGAACUCUGCCGUGUAAUGCUAAUAACAUAUCCUGUGAUUCCAACUUCCAAGGAAGCGAUACUUACAUUUUAUCAUUAAUUCGAGAACUGGACUACGAGGCUACUGCAGUUCACCAGAUUUUUAUCCGCACUACGGAUGCGAUUGGGAAGCCGAAGUCACAGCAAAAUAUUUUACAGCGUUCUAUAACUGUACGCGUAACCGACGUGCAGGAUACUCCACCGCAAUUUGUUGCUUAUCAGCCUUUUUAUUCCAUCGACGAAUUGCUGCCUGAGGGCACCCAUUUGUUUUCUGUGAAAGCCAUCGAUGGCGACCGUGGACAAAAUUCUUCACUUAUAUAUUAUGAAUUAUGUCAAACUGACAGUAUUUCCGGACUUUGCGCAGAUGUUCCUUUCCUGAACAUAAGCACAAAUGCCGCACGCGAAGGAGAAAUAUCUGUUCAACGAACAUUCGCAAUCGAAGACAUUGUUGAUAAUACAAUCAUAAUAAAUAUUACAGCUGUGGAGGAUACACUGCAACAAGAUCGUUCUACCAUAUCCGCUCGGAUUUUAGUGUUGGAUGUCGACAACCAUAAAGCGGAAUUCUUUCUGAAUUCCAACGCCGCCGGUGAAGCGGUGUCGUUGGUUGAAGCUGAAAUCGAAGAGAACAGCUUUCCUGGUUCCCCACUUCAACUGACCAGUGGUCAGCAAAUUUUAAUCCAAGAUAAAGAUCAGGGCAUUAAUGCUCGUUUUAAAAUUUAUCUGGAUCCAAACGAUACUUUCGACAUUACGCCAACGGAAGCUCAAGGAUCAGCCUUUGUCUCCAUCCGCGUGAAAGAUAACAAACAACUGGAUGCGGAAAUUACUCAGAUGUACAAUCUGACCAUCCAUACUCGUGGCGAAGUCACUUCAGAAGAUGACGGUCCUAAAGAAAGCAGUGCUACGGUCCGAAUUGCGCUAAUCGAUGUGAACGACCAUUCUUCGAUAAUUAAGGGCUGUUCGGAAUCGCAACCUAUCAACAUUACCGUGGAUGAACUCGUCUUUAUCACUAGACGCCAAAUUCUUCUGGAAGUUGGCCAGCAGUCUAACAUUACGGAUUCUGAUUAUGACCUGGUUAACCGGAAUAUAAACACAACUCGCUUCCGCCUGUACCAGUUCGAAGAGCCUAAUUUUGCUGUCAGCGAAACUGGAUCGGUAGAGGUUGUUGGACGCUUGGAUUUUGAAACAUCCACGUUUCACCAAGUGUUUGUGGAAACGGAUAACGUCGGACGAAAUGGUAAAGUGAUGACCUCGUACUGCGUUAUUGGCGUGACUGUUACCGAUGCCAAUGACGAAAUGCCCGAACUUGUCGCCGAUUCGGUACAGCCAGAAUAUAUCAUCCCGGAGAAUAUAAUUAUGGAUUUUCCAGAAAUUCAGGCAUUAGACAAGGACACUACCGCUUCGCUGACUUUCACUCUGCGACUCGAUCGCGCACAAGGACCGAACGGAGCAGUGGUGCCAGCCGCUGACUUCGAUUUAGCCAAUCACACCAGCAUCGUUGUGCACACGCCUAACGAAGUCAACACGACGUGGAGGGCAACGAUAAAGGUCAUCAAAGAGUUUGACCGCGAAAUAACCGCAGAAAUUCAAGCCACUUUAAUCGUUCAGGAUGUUAACGCUGAUCCGCGAUUGUCAGCGCAGAUCAUUGAGCGACGCAUUAUCAUUCGAGUGGAGGACGAAAAUGACAAUGCCCCGAAGCUCUUUUACAAUAAUGAACAGGUUGAUGAAGACCCUGUGAUGCUGGAAAUCGCAGAAACCGCCUCCAAUGUGACGUACACUUUUACUUUUACGGAUGAUGAUUCUGUGCCGCGACCAUCUAAUUUUUCGGCAACUGUCUCAGUUCCAAGCGAAUUUAGCGAAUAUUCGCACCACUUUCAGGUGACCAUUAUAACCGCCCAACGGAUUAUACUACGAGUGAUUCAGCCUUUUGACUGGUUGAAGUUGAAAAAUAUGACCUUUUCACUGAUUGUUUAUGACGACGGACAAAGCGGCAACAUGGCUGUGGUAUCGAUAUUUUUGAGAAUUCUGGAUCGAAAUAACAACAGACCGAACAUUACAUUUCCGGAAAACGACAGAAAAUUUCUUAUUAGAGAAACCACACCGGAAGAGACUUUACCACGAGAGUUGUUCAGAGUUACUGCAAUCGAUUUGGAUUCCGAUGAAUUUCUCCCGCUUUCCUACAGAAUGUCCCUUAUCAAUGCACCCGAUCUUCAGGAUAAAGUGACUAUCGACAGCGCAACAGGACAGGUUUCAUUGGUGGCACCGGUUGAUCGGGAAGAGCCGGUAUUCGAGCGUGACCCGGAAUUCCUUGUUUUCUUGACAGUCAUUGAUAACGCCAACAGCUUAGCUGAUUCCCAAUCCAGCGAAACAAUAAGAAUAUCUUUCAAAAUCGAAGACAUCAACGACAAUAUUCCAGUUUUUGCCAAUGACACCCAAGAUACCGUCCUACUGCUGCCGCGACAAAAUGCUGCACAAUACGAACUGCCAUUUCGAUUAAACGUUCGGGAUGCUGAUGCUCCUGAUCAGUGUGGAUUUCUCACAUAUUCGCUUACCAAAGAGGAAAACGUGCCGGUUUACUUGCCAUCCGAAAAUUCACCGGUUUUACGGUUGAACGAUGCAGUUCCUGGCGGUCUGGCUGAGUUCACUUUGAACGUCUUUGACGGAUCCAAACCGAACUGCGGAGGAGGGCAUACAGUCAGCCGCAAGUUAACUAUUAAAAUCCUCCAACAGGAGAAUCUAUACACGUUGACCAUUGCGAUUGAUACUGAUGCGCCGGGGACGGAGCGAGAGAAAUCUGAGCCUGCUACCGCUGUCGACAAUCAACGCAUAACAAGUUUAAUGGUGCAGAAUCAGGGGCUUUUAAGCAGCGUUGGAGUGGUCGGUAUUACUAGCCCGCCCGGACCCGAAUCGGAAGGAUUGUCGACCGACGCCAUUAUAGCGAUUGUACUGGGUGUUUUCCUGGCGCUGACGUUGAUCGUUAUUAUCGUCUAUGCCGUUGAGAAAAAUAAAUUACAGCGUAAACUUAAGUCUUACCGGGCAAUGGAAGAUGUCGGCGCAAAACGUCAAGGUCCCGACGUAGAACCUUUACCAGACUACGUCGGCGCUCAGACAAAAAUAAAUCCGUUGUUUGAUGCUGAUGGAAAUGCUGCUUUACCGGUUGCCGGUUUUCCCGAGCUCGAGAGCGACAGUACAUCCGAUAUUGUAUCGGAAACGGCUAGUGUUACGUCCAGUGGAACUGCUAAUGAUGUGGAAGAUUUAGAAGCAGUAGUGGCGCGGACAAAUCGCCAAAACCUGAAUAAUCGACUGCGUUGAGACUGGCUAUCAAAAAACUUAUCUGUGGUUUUUAAAUGUACUUUUUUCAACCGGUGGGAAAUGUGGUAAGCAAAGCGACGGUUGCCUGUGUUUUCGUGUUAUGCAGCUUGGAUGGUGUAUGACGUUUUCCCAAUUUUGCGCGCAAAAUUAUCUCCGCAUGAGUAAAAAAUUGUGAACUAUGAGGAUAAAAGGAAGUGCCCCUUGAUCUGAGUCAUCUGCGAAAAAUAAAUCGUUUUCGAUUUUGACUUCAUUUUCAUUAAUCAGUGAUUGACGGUUGGCGAGUGCAUGUAGAUCAUGCUUUUUUGUAUUAAAGUUUCU